UCAGUCAGCGCGUUUGCUGCGUCUUCUGGGGUGAGUUGAGCUGUUCGGAUUUUUCGCUUAUUUUACACUGAAACAUUAGACGCUUUGUAUAAUCAACAUCCUACGAGGUUAUUUCUAAAUUGUUUAAUCGGAUAAAACCCUAUUUAUGCGCCUGUUCUGGAGUCUGCGGGCUGAUUUAGUUCAACAGGAAAGAAACGUCACAGGAAACUAAAGCCAUGCGGACAUUAACCACUUAACUGCCAAGACCAGUAAGAACUAGUUUGAAGAGUCAACGUAGAUUUUGCAUAGCAAUUGCAUGUAAAAAAUAGACUCUACUGAUUUGCUUCUAACUACAGAGCGUCUGUGUGUUAGAUUGACCAUUCUUGCAAGAAUUAAAGGAUCAAAAAGAAGAGUUUUCAUUCUCAGGUUUACAUUUAAUACCAGAUAAAAAAAAAAAAUUCCCAGAACAACAGAGACCAUAUGAGAGAUCCAGAACUUGCAGAAUGAAACGCACUGAAGAACAAACAGAGUUGAUUGCAGAAAAUGAGGAGAAUGAAGAACUGAAUGAAGAGGAGGAGAAACACCAUGUCAAAACUGGAGAAAAACCUUUGAGUUGCUCUCAAACCGAACAGAAAGACUUAAAGAAAAGAAGGGAUGAGAAAUCUUUCACCUGCACUCAGUGUGGAAAGAGUUUGACAAGCAAACAGUAUCUUGAGGUUCACAUGAGGAUCCACACUGGAAAGAAAUUGCACACAUGUGAUCAAUGCGGCAAACGAUUUUUGUGGCCUUCAAACCUGAAGAGUCACCUAAAAGUUCAUUCAAAGGAGAAACCACAUUCAUGUUCUUUGUGUGGAAAGAGUUUUGCAGAACUGCAGAAUUUAAAAGCACAUCAGAAGAUACAUAUGGGUGUGAGAGAUCAUAUGUGCUUUGAGUGUAAGAAGACUUUUAUGACGUCUCACCAUUUGAAACGACACCAAAGGAUCCACACUGGAGAGAAACCUUACAUGUGUUCACACUGCAACAAGAGAUUCAGUGUGCCAGAAAGCGUCAAAAAACAUCAGAGGAUCCACACUGGAGAGAAACCAUACACAUGUGAUCAGUGUGGUAAGAGUUUUAGACAAAAAACUCAACUUAAUGUGCACAUGAGUGUUCAUACGGGAGAAAAACCGUACACAUGUGAUCAGUGUGGGAAGAGUUUUGCACAGUCAGCAAAGCUUAAGAGACACAUGAACAUCCACACUGAAGAGAAACUGCAUGAAUGUGAUCAAUGCGCCAAAACAUUUUUGUGGUCUUCAGGCCUGAGGAGUCACCUGAAAGUUCAUUCAAAGGAGAAACCAUACUCAUGUUCUGUAUGUGGAAAGAGUUUUUCACGACUGCAGAAUUUUAAAAUGCAUCAAAAGAGACAUACCAGUGUGAGAGAUUAUAUGUGCUUUGAGUGUGAGAAGACUUUUAUUACAGCUACAGAAUUGAAACUGCACCAGAGGAACCACACUGGACAGAAACCGUACAUGUGCUUACACUGCAACGACAGAUUCAAUCAAUCAGAAACCCUGAAAAGACAUGAGAAGAUCCACACUGGAGAGAAACCAUUCACAUGUGAUCAGUGUGGGAAGAGUUUCAGACAUAAAGAUCAACUUAAGGUGCACAACAGUGUUCAUACAAGAGAAAAACCCUAUCACUGCACUGCAUGUAGGAGGAGUUUCACUCGAUUAUCUUAUCUACACAAGCAUACAAAAAACAUUCACAGUAAGUAGAUCAUCUUUAGACCCAGCACUCAGGUCUAAUUCUGCGUCCGCACCAAAUGUGACACAACAAUGCCAGUGGUGUAUCAAGUUUGCCCUAUUGUUUAAAGUGGGCUUCAGUUUGGUUAACUUAAAUAUUCUUUUCUUUUCUAAGGUAUGUAACGUUAUGAGACUAUUCACAAGCUGUUUGAUUGUCGGUAUAAAUGCUUUGAAAUAACGUUUAAUGUUUUCGAGUCCAUUCAUUGUUAGUGGCCUGCCAGCCACCCAAUUAUUGCAAUAAGCUUUGUGUUUUAUUGCUUAUAAUAUGAAUUGAGCUAUUAAAUACACUGCCCUCCAAAAGUUUGUAAACAACCCUGGCAAAGUGUGGUUUUGGACAAUAUCAGCAUAAAUCCUUAUCAUUUUUUGGUGCAAAUAUAUUCAAGCAACUUGACAUUAUCAUUAAAGACCAGCAAUAAUAAUUUUCAUGUUGAUUACAUAAUAAUGGCUCUAUACAUGUCAAAGUUAGACAUGCCCCUUUGCCUGCUGUGAUGCCUGGUUACUGGUUUAAACUUGGCCCAGGUGUUUAAAAGGUUUUUGAGUCAGCACACCUUAAUAGCUUUUAACAGUUGAUUGCCAAUUAAGUUUAAAAUGCAAUGACUUUAGGCCCAGAUUAUGCGGAGCUGUAAUAGCUGCUAAUGGUGGAUAUUUUGAUGAAUCGAAAAUUUAAGUUUUUUCUAUGUAUAAACUGUUUAUGUAAUAAAAUGUUUUCGUAGUUUGUGUUGUCCCUUAUCAGUAAAAUUAUUACAAAUUUAAAAAAGGGUUCAUGACAAUAUUGUCCAAAACCCCACUUUUCUAGGGCAUUUCCAGACUUUUGGAGGGCAGUGAAUCUUGUGUAAAUCUGUCUUAAUCAGACUUAACAAGUAACAUGAACGAUGUACUAUACAACAAUCUAGUGCAUGGUUUAAAUUUUAAUCUGAGGACUUGUUAUCCUGUGGCUCCCUCUGGUGCACAUUAGUAUUAAUUCCUAUUCAUAUAAAUGGAUGAUCAAAAAAAAUAAUAAUAAUAAUAAUAAUGGAGAGAAGAAUAAGAGUAAGACUUCCUGCAAGAUCUUCUAAGUAAAUAAAUAGUGAGAUCUGACUCAUUUGUUUAUAUUAUUACUUUUAUAUUUUAUUUUAUUUUAAUUUUUACAUGAUAUAGUUCAUGUGAUAAUGUGCAAAAUGAACUUUUUUUUUUUUUUUUCACGUUUUAUUGGGCAAAACAAAAUAUAAAACAAAACAGGAUAAAAACACUUAAAUAGAUAAGGAUAAAAUGUUAUAAUUCCUGGGCCUGUUCAGACUUCUCAGCUUCAUACCUAAAAAAACAAAAAAGAUAGAAAAACAGAAAAGGCAAUUAUUACUCAUUAAAAAGCAUGCAUGGUUAUAAUUAAGCCAUGCCAGUACUUCAUAUUUCUGCCUAGAUGAAAAAACUGUCACUUAAGGGAAUAGUUAUCCUACUAGAUAUGAUAUGAACAUGUUAAAAGUGACACUAUUCAGUUUAUUUUUUAUUCAGUCAAUAUAAUUAUAUGUUAGGAGCUUUUUUUGUGGAAUAGCCUACACGAAAAUGGUAGGCAGUUUAAUUUCAAAACAGUUGGAUUUCAGAAGAGUUGCUGCAUUUCAUACCACAGUAAAAUUGCUAUAAAACUAAGUACAGUAGCUUUAAGAGUACUGUAAAAUUAAGUACUGUUAUUUUGUAUUUUACUUUGUUAUAUUAAAUUAUUUUUAUAAGAAAUGAAAAGCAUUUUGGCUCGUUAAUGUGUCUCGUGUUCUAUGAGAGCUGUGUUUGGAGGGAGGGGAGUGUUUUUCUGAAUAUCUUUCAUCUAUUUGCGCACAUUGUUUUGAACUAUAAUGUAUAGCUGUGUUUUGCGAUCAGGGCUGUCUCACGCAUGGUUGCGAUGUGUUCAUUGUGAAACUCAAAAAUUAGAAUUUUUUUAAAACAUUAAAAAAACGCCAUUACUUUAUU